AUGAUUUCGCUAGAAGAUUCGCGAAUCCAUCGCCGGGGGUUGCCAGCAAAAGCACAGCCCCAUCGCACACCACCCACACGCGCCAUCUCCAUCCACCCCCGCCACCCUCAGCCGCACGCGCCUAGGCAGAACGCCUGUCGCGCACGUGUGCGUGCCGCUUUACCUUCCCCAUAUUCGCAGCGUCCCGCGCCGCUCUACGUGCCUCCGAGCGCGCUGCGUCGAAUGAGGGUCAUCGCUGUUGCGCGCCGAGCGCCGUCCCGCGCGGCGCUCGUCACCGUCGGGCGGCACCUGCCGGGAUUCGACAACUGCCCCGCCGCCGCCACACCAUGGGACCGCCGCGUGCCGUCCGCGCUCUCGGCGGAUCGGAUUCGUCGCUGUGAAGCGCAAUCUAGCGCCGCGGGGACGGGGAUGGGUGUGACGGGGAUGGGGGAGGAGCGGAGUGGGAGUGGGGCGGCCGGCGGAAGGAGCGGCGAUGACGGCAUGCGGAGGGAGUGCAAGGGGGGCGCGCGCGGCAGUGCGUGGCGAGAGGCGGUUGCACGGUGGGCGGCCGGCGCUGACGCGGUGCAGAUUUCGCUUCAAGGCGCGCAGGUGGCGAGCGAGGGGGCGACGAUGUGGCGGGCGGCGGGUGGCGGCGGUUGGCGGAGUGGCGGAGAGGCGAGGCGGGGAGGUGCGGGGGAGGGGCCGUGCGCGGUAGCGGGCGUGGGCGGGCGAAGGUAUGGCGUGGCAGCAGCGCGUGGCGGUGAUGCCAUGAGGCCAGCGGUGUUGGCGAGGGAGGGCGGCAUGACGCGCGCAGGAGGGGCGCGGGGAGGCGCGGCGCAAGAGGAAGAGCGCGGGGCGGAGGGGGAGGCGGAGUGGGGAGAGGCGUACUGGCGGGAGCAGGUAGAACGGUCAGCGGCGGCAGAGGGGGGCGGCGGGAAGGGCGAGCGGAGGAGACGGCGGAAGGCGAAGGAGUGGGGGGAGGAGGCGGUGGAGUGGUGGCCGGGGCAGCGGCAGCAGCAGCAGCGCGGGGCGGGGGGGGUGGAAGAGGGCGGUGGGGCGGACGAGGAGAUGGUGGCGGCGGUGGGCAUGGAGGUGGCGCAUGAGAAGGCCAUGUACCUCCCCCCCUCCGUGCGCCCUGCCCCUCCCACCCCUCCUGCUGUGCGCCGCUGCUACCAGAUCAGAUUGCUGCUGCCUCUCGCCCCUCCUUUCGCCUCUUGCCGGCCGCCCCCCCCGUGGCGGGUGGAGCAGCGCGAGGGCGUGGCGGACCUGUGGCUGACACGUGCCUUCCACGGCGAGCACGUGCGCCUCAUGCUGCUGCUGCAGGGCCAUGAGGGGGGACUCGUGCACCAGGAGGAGGAGGGGGAGGAGGGGGGUGGGGGUGACGGCGGGGCUGGUGAGGCACGUGGCAGUGGCGUUGGGGGCGGUGAGAGCCAUGCGGGCAUCCCCGCGCUCAUCCUCGUGUGCAAGCCGGUGCAGCCCGUGCAGGCGGGCAGCACGGCAGCACGGAGCACGGGCAGUGAUGUGGCGCCACGGCGCAUGGCCAUGGGCAUGGGUGGCAUGGGUGGCAGGGAGGGCGUGGUGAGGGGGCGGCCUGGGAGGCGCAUGAGGGGCGAGGGGCGAGGGGACGCUGCAUGGGCCGCAGCAUCCACUGCAGGCACGGCCGCAGGGGGUGGUGAGGAGGAGGCGCGGCUGCGAGUGCACUGCACCAUUGCAGGCGACCGGUGGCGUGUGAAUCAUGUGGCAGUGGACGAGGCAGCAGUGCACCAGGACUCCUUCAGACUGCCCUUCGACUACACCCUCUACGACGCCGUGCCACCAGCCGUGCAGGCGGCGGUGGAGGCGUAUCUGCAGCGGCGGGGCGUGGGGAGUGAGCUGGCACGGUACGGGCGCCACCUGCUGCUGCACCGCGAGGUCACCCAGGCCACCGCCUGGCUCUCCUCCCUCCACUCCUUCCUCUCCACGCCCACUGCUCCCAGCAGGCGAGGCAGGCAUGUGAAGAGAGGAGGGUGGAGGGGGGAAAAAGCAGGUGGUGUGAGGGGGGGUGCGGACAGUGGAAGGGUGUCCAACGCGGCCCGGUGGAGGUGA